ACUUCUGCCCAAACUCUAUUCUGAGGGCAGAUCUGGAUGGCACCUGCUUUUUACCACUAUAUGCCUGUGCCCAUGGGUGACUGCUCAAAGGAGUCAGUACUGAGGAACCACAGGGUGCCCUGGUGGCUAGUGGUCCUGCUGGUCCUGGUGGUGGUGGGUCUGACUGUGACCAUGAUCAUCUACAUUGUCAGGGCCAACAGUGAGACCUGCAAGAAUGGCUUCCAAGCAGAGAAGGAGUGUCUCAGUGUCACCCACCCCCUGCAGCAGCAGUUAGACCAGACCCAGGAAGACUUACGGGGGAUCAAGGCCCAGGCUGCCAUCUGCAACCAGACUGUGGAAACUCUGAAUGCGUCCCUGGAGGAGGAGAAGGUUCACAGCUGGGAGAAGCAGGACCAAGUGCAGAAGCUUCAGGGAGAGAUCAUGAAUUUGGUACAGAAGCUGCAGAGCGCUUUGGCAGAGGUGGAGCAACUAAGGAGACUGAGUGAGACCUCCGGCGGGGAGACCACCUCCACCAGCAACCAGAAAAAAGUCAGCCCCUUUCUGUUCACUGGACUCCUGCUCCUGGGCCUCCGGGCUCUACUAUCCUGAGGUCCUGGUCCCAAGAAGCCAGCCGGCCACACUCUGGACCGGCCUGAUUCUGCUCUGCUUCCCUGUUCCAGGCUUCCUUGACUUGCCCAGUUCUGCAGGGCCAGAGCAGCACAUCUAGGGGCAGGGGUGGGAGGGCAAUGGCGGAACUCCACAGGGAUCACGGGGCAGCCCUGCUGCUGCUGAAGCAGCGGAACUAGCCCAGGGCUGCCUUCCCCCAACACCAGCUAUGUUCUUGCUGUUACGGUUUCUGGAGUCUUUGGGCUCUGAACAAUAAACACCCCUUUUGGGGGGAAAGAACUUA